AUGGGCCUUCUCUCAAAAGGAACACCUUUUUCCUGGGAGGACACCAAGUCGCGAUGCGAAAGCGUUCGUCAGUACGGCAUCGCGCAGUUUAUCAAUCUUUACCAUCAUGCCCGCCAUCGUCGAAACGACUGCCUUCUCUGGGGCGAUGAGAUUGAGUACAUGCUCGUUCGUUUCAACCACAGCCAGCGCAAGGUGCAGCUACUGCUCCGGGCCGCCGAGCUCAUUGGCAUUCUCAACAAAAAGGAACGAGAAAACCCGGAGAGCUGCCGCUGCUCUUGGCACCCAGAGUUCGCCGCCUACGCAAUGGAGGCCAUUCCGAUAGAGCCGUACGGGGGGCAUUUCGCUCACUAUAACGCGGUAGAACACAACAUGCGACUCAGGCGUGCCGAAGUGAGGACCCUGUUGAACAAGAAUGAAGAGAUCAUGUGCAUCACCACUUUUCCCAUGAUGGGUUGCGAGGACUUUACCUAUCCGGAGUACAAACCGUCACUCGCCUCGACAAAUAUGCCGUCCUUGUUCGUCCCCGAAGAGAUGAUCUAUCCAGCGCACUCUAGGUUCACCACAAUGGCACGCAAUAUCAGGCAACGCCGCGGGAAGCGCGUCGUCAUCAACGCUCCCAUAUACAAGGACAUCAACACUCCCAGUCCCUUCGUCGAAGAUUUUCGGAAGCUCGACGAUGAUGGCGAAGCGGCGAGUGGUGCGAUUUCUGAUUGCAUAUACAUGGACGCCAUGGGCUUUGGAAUGGGCAACUGCUGUCUCCAGGUGACCUUUCAAGCCAGCGACAUCUCGGAAGCGAUGACCCUUUACGACCAGCUGGCGAAUCUGUGUCCUCUUAUGCUCGCCGUGGGCGCCAGCAGCCCCGCAUUCAGAGGACACUUGGCGAACGUGGACUGUCGCUUCAACGUCAUUAGCAUGUCCGUGGAUGAAAGGACGGAAGAAGAAAUGGGUAAGACGACUCUGCGAGGGAAGAAGACUAUCAACAGGCUGCGUUACUCCAGCAUUCCCUGCUUUCUUUCGGUCAAAAAUCAAUCGCUUAAUGACGUCUUGUUGGAAUUCAACGAGGACAUUUACGCAGUGCUUCGAGAAGCAAACGUUGAAGAGUCGCUGGCAAAGCACCUUUCUCAUGUGUUCAUGAAGGACAGUAUUGUACUUUACGAGGAAAUGAUGUCGCAAAACAACGAAGCCGACUUUGAUCAUUUCGAGAAUCUCCAGUCAAGCAACUGGCAUACGUUAAGGUUCAAGCCACCGCCGCCCAACAGCGAUAUUGGAUGGCGGAUCGAGUUCCGACCCAUGGAACUGCAGAUGACAGAGUUUGAAAACGCUGCGUACAUUGUCUUCGUGGUUCUGGUGACAAGAAUCAUUCUUACUUUUGACCUAGACCUGACCGUGCCCAUCUCCAAGGUGGACGAAAACAUGCAAACGGCGCAGAAGGUGGACGCUGUCCUGAAUGAGAAGUUCUGGUUUCGCAAGGACAUUUUCACUCACGGUUGCGCUGACAAGAGCGCAAACUCUACUGACGUCGUCAAGAUGACCGUGGCCGAGAUUUUCAAUGGCAAGAAGGGGUCGUUUCCAGGAUUCAUUCCGCUCAUUCGGGCCUUCCUGAAUAGUGUCGAAGAGGUGGAUGUCGCGACCCACUGCACCUUGCAUCAAUAUCUGACGUUGAUCGAAAAGAGGGCAUCAGGCGACCUCAUGACUACAGCUCACUGGAUGCGUAAGUUCAUUACGUCCCACCCGGAGUACAAGAGUGACUCUGUCAUCACCGAGAGCAUCAACUAUGACCUAAUCAUGCAAAUGUUCAAGCAUCAACAUAACUUCUGGUCCAUUCCCGAACUCUUGGGGACGCCAACAUCGAGGCCAAGUUCAGAAUACACUUGA